AUGAGAAACGGAAAAGAUCGCCCUGUACUCUACGAUGGUACAUCUGAAUUGAUUAGCAGAAAGAUGGCCGUCCGAUAUACCUUAGCGAUUGUGUAUUAUCCAGAAGAGAACCACUAUGAGCCAAUCAAAAAUUUACCUUCAUUCUUUGGCGUGAAGUAUUAUUGCGAGCAUUGUAACAAACCUUACACUACGCAAGGACAUGUUUGUGAUAAGACUUGUCAUAGGUGUUUGAAGAAUCCUCCCUGUGACUCUACGAUUGUUGAUAAAAUAGUGUGUGACGAUUGUAAUCGAGAGUUUCACGGCCAAUUGUGCUUCGAUCAACAUAAGAAGCCAGGAUCUUUCAGCGGAAAUAUCCCCACCGUCUGUGGCUACAUAAAAUUGUGUGGACAAUGUAAUACGAAAAUUGAUCAUCGCAAAACUCAGAAUCAUGUAUGUCAUAAAUAUUAUUGCCACGUAUGUCAAAAGGACGAAGAUAUUUCUUAUCUCUGCUAUAUGCCCACCUUAAAGAGCAAGAAAAAAUUGACUUUGAAACGCGUGGCGUUUGUUUUCUACGACGUUGAAACCAGACAGGAUGAGCUUCUACAAGGAACUACUGACGUCAACGUACACGUUCCUAAUCUUUGUGUUGCACAGACUGUGUGUGAUCGUUGUGCAGAUAUGAACGACGAUGCCAUUGUGAACGCCAACGAUAAUCACGGAAAUCCCUGUGGCGUUUGUAAACAUCAGGAAAAUGUUUUCGAUGGUGAGGAUCCUGUGCGAGGAUUUGUUGAUUACAUCACGUCGAUGGAUAACAAAACGGGAAUGAACGCGAGCGGUGAAUCUGGUGGAACCAUGGUCAUAUCUGAAGAGUACUAUGAUACGUGUGCCAGCGGUAUGGACGAUACAGGUGCAACAUUGCCACUGUGGAAAGAAGUCGCUGUCUCCUUGAGCCUAGGUCUACUAAUCCUAGCAACAGUCCUAGGAAAUGCACUCGUGAUACUUUCCGUAUUCACCUAUCGUCCACUUCGAAUCGUCCAAAAUUUUUUCAUCGUUUCCCUGGCGGUUGCAGAUUUGGCAGUAGCAAUUCUCGUGAUGCCCUUCAACGUGGCGUAUCUUCUUCUAGGAAAGUGGAUUUUCGGUAUACACUUUUGUAAGCUCUGGUUGACAUGUGAUGUCCUGUGUUGUACGGCAAGUAUUCUCAAUCUUUGUGCUAUAGCAUUGGAUCGUUAUUGGGCCAUUACCGAUCCAAUAAACUAUGCCCAAAAACGUACACUUAAACGAGUAUUAGGUACAAUAGUCGGCGUUUGGAUUCUGUCAGGAGCAAUAAGUUCGCCGCCAUUGGCUGGAUGGAACGAUUGGCCAGAGGAGAUUGAGCCCGGAACACCAUGCCAUUUGACACGGCAGCAAGGUUACGUUAUCUACUCAUCGCUAGGUUCUUUUUUCAUUCCACUAUUAUUGAUGAGUCUCGUUUACCUCGAAAUUUUCUUGGCCACCCGGAGACGUCUUCGAGAACGCGCAAGGCAGAGCAGACUUGGUGUGGUUACGUCGACAAGGCAUAGGCAUGAAGCAGAUGAUGCUGAAGAGUCAGUGAGCAGUGAAACCAAUCAUAAUGAGAGAUCAACAAUGCAUAUUCAUGCUAAACAUUCGUUAGUUAUCGUCGAAGUUGAAGCUAUUACUGAGAUUACUAUCACCGAUACAGGUAAAAAAAAAGAACACACUAGGAGACAUGGAAUUUCGGCAAGUAGUGAUCCGAAAAGAGGCGAUACGUCUACAACAGUCUACCAAUUCAUAGAAGAACGCCAGAAGAUCUCGUUAUCUAAGGAAAGGCGGGCAGCCAGAACUCUGGGAGUCAUUAUGGGAGUUUUCGUUGUAUGCUGGCUACCGUUUUUUCUUAUGUAUGUCAUCGUCCCGUUUUGCCCUGCAUGCUGUCCCUCAGAGGGUGUUGUGUAUUUCAUUACUUGGUUGGGUUACAUAAACAGUGCAUUGAAUCCACUUAUCUAUACAAUCUUCAAUCUUGAUUAUAGGCGUGCGUUCAGAAGGCUUCUUCACAUUCGCUGAGGAUUGAAUGCACGAUUCAGAUACUGAGCGAAAAUAAUAACAUCUACUUUCGUUCGCGACUUUCUUUAAUAAUGGAAAAUCAUGACAUUUCCAAGCUUCUAAUACCACACCACGACUAGCUAAUUAUUUUGAGGAAUUAUUUAAAUUUCCAAUGCCGUUAUCCUUAGUCAUGAAUUGAGUAAUUCGUAUGAUUAAUAGAAAUGACUGACAGAAGAUUUGAGGAAACUGCAAUUGCUGAUCGGAUUGAUACAUUUUCAGCUGGAAUAGCGUGUGUGUUUAAAUUUGAAUACAUUCAUAAACCUUGUUGAAGAGAAUAGAGCGAAGUAUCAAAGAGUGUCAAGAUGACGUCAAGGCGAGGCAGACGAUCGAUUUGAAAUAUAAUACUAAUCGAGGAAUCCAUACUACGCAGUAAAGGAGUGGCAAUGUCAGGGGUUGACAUCACUGCAGAGCAGGGUUUUUUCAGCAAAGGAUUUGAAAUAACGAAGGUUGCAACUUCGUCAUUGAAGAAUAUAAGUUGGCAUGGGAAAGUUUAGACUGAAAUGCGGGAAUGGUUUCGGUUUAUAUGUACAUGGUAGAAAUACGCGACACAUAGCGCUAUGAAGACGUCGAUGAACACGCAAUUUUAUACAAGAACUGACCAACACUUCAAUUUUUUGUAGAUCAUAGUGGCCAUCAUGCCUAGUACACUGGUAAUUCAGUAUCUUAUAUCAUUGAAUUUGCAUUCAACGACGGAUGCAUAUGGUCCAAGUUAUGAAAUUAUUCAGCCGUUGGAGACGAUUUUGUCACGAAAUUGAGUUCCUUCGAAGAUAUAAAUUAUAUUUAAAUUUACAGUGCAGAUUACUAAUAUUUUGUUAUUUUCAAUGCCAAUAGUGGAGACAGCGAGGGUGACAAUUGCAAAGUAUGAUAUCUAUUGCGAUACUUUUGAAUUAUAAGAGGGUUACAGUGCAGCUCAGUUUUAAAAUAAUAAGGAAAACUUUUGACGUGUAACUUCUUCAAGCGCGUUGGUUGGGUGUAAACUCAUUUGGACCGCGCAGAGCGUGUCACUAAAAACGAUGUCGUCAAGGGAGGGGAAAAUAUCUACGCUCACGGGUACCAUAUAUUCUGAUGAGGUAGUUGGGGGAAGGCAACAGAGAGAAAGAACUGUGCUGGGCGGAGCACUUAAGGCUAUAAGAAACGCCAGUGAACACGUACUCGAAAAAUCAAUCAUGUAAUCAUAAUUUGAGGAUAUUUGGGGAAAUUGUUCUGAGAUGCGGGGGAAAAUUACUGGAUUUCUUAUUCGUCAAACAAAUCAUUCCGUAUAGUUGAGACAAAAGUCUUUGAACAAACAGCGAUAGAUGCUCUCCGACAGAAGUGAUGCCACCAUUAUUUGACGCGCAAUUAGUAAUCUUUUUUUCCAAUUCGGGCAAUUUCAGUGCCAGUAUGCUUCGCUAGAUAUCUGUACCAAUUCGAGUACACAAAUGACAAGUGUGAUAUUUGAGAUGUGAUGUACCAAUCCAAAACUAUUGCUCAACGUUUUGAAUUAAAAACUUCCACUUUAUCGGGGAAUUUUAAAAAAUAUUUCAACCUAUGACUUAUAACGAAUUUUCUCAACCAUAUGAGCAAAAUCCGAAUAAGUCUGAAUAUUUUUGUAAGUUUACCGACCAGGAGUACGCAAAACAUGAGUAACCUUAUCAUUGAACGAAACCGUAUGGGAACAUUGUUAAAAAUAUUAAUUAAUGAAUGUAAAUGAGAUUACUUAUUAUCAAGGUAAUUAAGGUCGCCCCUCCUUGAAAACGGGACGGUAUCCGGAAAAUGACGUAGCUUGUGCGGUGUAGGGAGGUAUUUAUUGGGGAAAAACAGAAAUUGGGGAACAUCGUGCAUGCGUGAGGAAACUUCUCUCUCAUUCCUUGGCGCUGAACUUAACUUGGUGCUUGGUUAGCUUGGUGCUAACUUAAUUUUGGCGAACGCUCUAGAGUGAAUAACGAUUUUUUCAAAGGAUCAGAAAAUCGCGAACAUCGUGGUAAUUUUGCGAGAAAGGUUCUGAUUAAUCUACAUAAGUGCCAUCAAGACGAACAUUUUGAAAAAGAGACGAUCCAUUAGUUUCAUAGAAAAAUAUCGGACCGAUUGAGCUGUGCUUCUGCAAGCAGUUAAUUGCCAUCCAGGCCUAUAAUCUGUAAAAAUGUCAUACUUUUUAUAUUUUUUAAUUCAAUUUAUUGUUCGAUUUACACAAAGAUGACGUUUCGGAAAAUGCCAGAGGAGUGCUGGAGGCACAGAUAGGGCCCUAAAACUUCACGUUGUUGCGGCCCAGACCAUUUAACAUCAGUUUCUAUGAAAAUUAAAGUGCGUGAAAAAUGACCGAUUAUCGCUUCCAUUAGAAGCGAAAAUGCGAAAAAAUACUCAGUCGCUUCGCCAUGAUUUGGGAAAUUACUUUCUAACGACAAAAUCAUUUGGGGAAGGCUAGAACUUGAAGGGGAAAUUAAUUUCGAUUAAUCAUGGAUAAAUGAUAGGCACGUAAACUAUCUAUGGUAUGGAAAGCAUCUCCCGUAUAUGGCAUAUUUAUAAGUCUAAGUCAGAACCUUCCAGACCAUAAUAUUGUUAUAAAAAAAUGAGGUUUUCCCAAUCGAACGGGGUGGUUUUAUUCGGUUUACAGAUAUCGCGAUGUCCCAUCCCCUUACCCUAAUAAACGAAUAAUUAGAGCAUAACGUAUAUUUCAGAUCACUCAUUCGUUACUCGAUUCAUACUUUCCAUGAGAGAAGAAGGGGAUAUAUUAGUGCAUUUUAGGAGUUCAGAGAAAAAGUAGUACUUUUUCUCUAGACUGCUAACAUGCACCACUAAAAAGUACUACUUUUUCUCUGGAAAGUAGUGUUAUGCAUCGGCAACUCUUUCCAGAGGAAUUCUGAACUCUGGCUGAAAUUCUCCGAAUGUCUCAGUUAUCAGGGACUCUAACUGCAUCUUCCAUACAAUAAUCCUGAUCGAAAAUAACAUUGGGAGAGGAUAAAGUCCAUUUUAAAUGAAUCAAAUUAAUCUUCUCCCUUCUUGUUUUGUUCUUUUUCAUAAGCCCAAUUAGUUUUCUGUUCAUUAUCCACCGUCUUUUCAGUGAAUUAGAACUGAAUAUACCCCACAAUUAAUACGAACGUGUACAUUAGUACGGAUAAUAUCAAUAAAUGCAUGACGUAUCCACGAAUCAAAUGUUAAUUACGUAUAUUGAGAGAUCUGUCACUUUAGAUUAAAUCACAAGUAAUGCAAUCAUACAAUAAUCAUUAUUACUUAUCACGUAAUCGCCUUAUCAGGCUGUUACUCUCUACUCACAAUAUGUUUCUUAUAAUCUUUGAUACUUGUCAAUAUUUCCUGAAGCAAAUUAAACAUUCUAUAUAAUAAUAGGAAUAAUUUACUAAUUGAUGACCUCAACUCUAAAAUAUGAGGGCGCCGCUCGCGAGAAUUUGUCACUUGUUUUUGUGGUUUAAAUUAGUUCCAAAUUAAUUGACCGUUGAGUCGCCUUUCCAUCGCGGUUUCAAUAGAAUGAAAAUGAUAAUCAAUCUCAUUAUGAAACAACCAAUAUGAAAAAUUGUCAAUUAGUCUCACGGCGUAGGUGGUAUGAGAGUUGUAUUAAUUUAAUCAAUAAAGGUAAAAAAAAUGCAAUAUAUAGAGAUAAAAUAACAUUGGCAUGCUACUGGCAGGGAAAAAAUAAAUACACUGAACUCAAAAUGAAGUUACACUAUAUUUAACUAUUCUAGCAAUUGGGAUUACGGAAGAGAUUUAACUCUAAUCCUCCUCGUCAUCUCAACGGGCGAUUCCCCACUGACUCCCUUGAUACCUUUCGGACAUCCCCCUGGGCCCCACGCAUGCUUCCGCUGAAAAAUAUUAACGUUUUGGGGAGGCGUUUUCGCUCAGCCCCUGAAGGUGACAAAUCCGAUGGCACGAAGACGAAGUUGAGGCUUUCCCCACACGUGGGCGCCAGGCCGCUACCCAAGGCAACUCAAAUAAAAUCCUAGACGGGUUAAUGAUUUUAUUACACGUAUUUCCCCUAAAAUAUUUCUAAAGCUCCAAAUGACUUUUCUUACGAUUUAAGAAUCAUUGGACAGUUUUCGUCUCCCUACAAAUAUUAUGGAAAAAGGUCUUUCGGCAUACAAAACCCAAUUAUUAUAUAACAAAAACAAUCAGUUUGAAGAUCUGACUGCGAAUAAGCUUAUGCAUUCGCUUCGCACAGCCAAUGCACCCACUAACCACACUUUCUGCUAUUAACUAGAUCAUCUUAAACUACAUGUCAGGUCAGAUUAAUUAUUGAUGAUUUAGACUCAGUUGUCAGUCUUUGCGUCCUUAAGACCGUGGCUUCGGUGCCACGCAGAGACACGAAAUCAUGGGAUUUCGUGCCGAUCAAGAGUUAGGUUGAUUGAUUCUGUCGAUUUUUUUGCCAUUCAAUUAAACCACUAGUACACUAGUUCGAAUAUAGAUACAGUUUGUUUUAUCACCAUGUAUUAAUCACUCUGAGUUCACAAUUAAUUGCUCGUUAUUACAACGGAAUAACCGAUGGUGGUUUUGAUGUACACGGUUUCUUUUCAUCUUGUCACGUUCUUUUUCACGGUCAACGAUUUACUCGCUUGAUUAUCCCCCCGGCGCACGCAUGUCCC